AUGGCUCCUUCUCUGACCGAAACCAAGACUGUCUCCGAACAGAAGCCUCCGCAGCCAUACAAGCUACACCUUGGCCAGUACAAGGAAAUUGAUGCCGUGUUUGUAGACAGAGCCGCCGAGGAGGGCAAGACUGGCGAGCCUCCUGCCAAGUACCCUCACUACCUCCCUACCUGGGAUCGCACACAGUCCUGGCCUCCUCUGGAGCCGUACGAGCACUACGAGCACGGCAAGGACGCCGAUACUUCAUACCCCAACCUCUUCCCCGAGGGCAGCGACGUGACCGAGCUCACGCCCAGCAUCGGCAGCGAGGUCCGCGGCAUCCAGCUGUCGGCCCUGACCGACAAGGGCAAGGACGAGCUCGCCCACUACGUUGCCACGCGCAAGGUUGUCGCCUUUCGCAACCAAGACUUCGCCGACCUCUCCAUUCCCGACGCGCUCAAGUACGGCGAGUACUUUGGCCGCCACCACAUCCACCCGACGUCGGGCGCGCCCGAGGGCCACCCCGAAAUUCAUCUCGUCCAUCGCGGCGCCGGCGACAAGGGCCACGAGACGUACUUCCAGGCACGCACCAGCUCCGUGGCCUGGCACUCAGACAUCUCGUACGAGAAGCAGCCGCCCGGCACCACGUUCCUUUACAUCCUCGACCGCCCCGAGACGGGCGGCGACACGCUCUUCGUGGACGCCGUCACGGCUUACAAGCGCCUCAGCCCUCUGUUCCAGGAGCGUCUCCACGGCCUCCGCGCGACACACUCGGGCAUUGAGCAGGUGAAUGCUGCCGCUGCCAGAAAUAGCAUCAAGCGUCGCGAGCCCGUGGUCCAUGAUCACCCCAUCGUGCGCACCCACCCUGCAACUGGUGAAAAGGCCCUCUAUGUUAACCCUCAAUUUACCCGCGAUAUUGUCGGCUUGAAGAAGGAGGAGUCGGACACACUGCUCAAGUUCCUCUACGACCAUCUCGCAUACGGAGCCGACUUCCAGGCCCGCGUCAAGUGGGAGGAGGGCACCGUCGUCGUCUGGGACAACCGUGUUACACAGCAUACCGCGAUUGUGGACUGGGAAAACGGUCAGCGUCGUCACCUUGCGCGUCUAACUCCGCAGGCCGAGGCUCCAUUUGAGACGCCGUAUGUAGCACCCGAGUAA